UAUUACUCGGAUUUAGAUGAUCAAUAAUCUCUGGUUAACCUUUUAUUUUUUCAUUGGAUCCUGGUUUUUAAUGGAAACCAGUUUAUCAGAUUGUUAUGAAUCUGAUUGGAAUUCAAUAAAUACUCGGGUUUAUGGUGGUACUCAUGCCAAGGAUGCUGAAUAUCCGUGGAUUGCUCAUCUCAGGUUUUUUAUUGGUAAAAAUACAACUCGCUAUGGUCUAUGUGGAGGUUCAUUGAUAGACGAAUGGCACAUAAUUACGGCAGCCCAUUGUAUACAUGAUUCAAGCAAAAAACUGCGUCCCAUUGAAAGUGUUGAGGUUUACUUGGGAGUUAAAGAUUUAACUGCUCUUAAUAAACCAUACAAAGUGUCCAAAUAUUUUUAUCCGCAUAAUUAUAACCAAGAGACACUUUACAAUGACAUUGCGAUCCUUCGUUUAACCAAACCAGUUGUUUUCACAGAAAAGGUUUCACCCGUUUGUUUAGCUAAUUCAAUGGGUAAACCAUUUCUCACCUUGACUGUUGCUGGCUAUGGUAGACUUGGACCUAAUCGUAAACCGGCCACAUCUCUGAUGAAGGUUGAUGUCGAAUACAUCGACAAAGAAUCUUGCAAUAAGAUGUUACGUGAUUUUAUAAUACGAAUGAACCCUGAUAUCGAAUCUCGUGCAAAAAAAUUUGAAAUGCCUAAAGUACAUGGAAGUCACAUGUGUGCUGUGGAUACCUUUAGUGGAGCCGAUGCUUGUUCAGGAGACUCCGGAGGACCUUUGAUGUACAAAGAUCAUAAAGAUGGAAGGUAUUAUGUUGUUGGCAUUGUUUCUGGUGCCAUGGAUGAAUGUGGUGAUCCAAGGACACCAGGAUUUUAUACAACUGUAGCCAAAUUUAGACCUUUUAUUGAAAAAGUCGCUCCAGGAACAACUUUUUGUCAAGUUUAAAUAAUGAAAUCAGGCAAAAAUUUUCGUUGACUGACUGACUGAUCUUCAAUACAAGCAGAGCCACGCACGGCUUCCCAACUAACCAGCAACUG